AUGCCAUUCCACAAGGAGUAUGCUGAUGGAUCUCCAAGACCUCUCUGUCGAGGGUGGCUGCAUGGAAUGGGGGCUCUGACAACUCUCCCAGCUGUCUACAGAUACUGGGAUGACAUCCCCACAACUGCUAUACCUGUCAUCAUUGCCAUCUGCUGCUUGUUUGUGUUCUCGAGCUUGAUACAUUUGGUCCCUUAUCAAUCCAAGACCUUGGAAGAAGCCAUGACUCGAAUGGACAAGUCUUGUAUACUGGCUCUCUGUGUUACUUCCUUCAUGACACCCCAGCUACUGGAGAGUGAGGCUUGCAAGCCUGACUUCCAGUACUCGUUGGUAACAGUGGCAAUCCCUGGGGCAUUGGCAUUCAUUGGAAUCCUUUGUGGCCUUGGUCCAAUCACCUUUGCCAGUUUCAUAUUUCCUGUUGCCUCCAACCUAUGGUUCUAUGGAGUGCAUGUGGAAGACUCUGAGGUCUUCUACUGGGUGGCAGGAAGCGCUGUUCUUUAUGCAUUGGGAUUUUCGCUUUAUGCAAGCCAAGCAGGGGGGCACCAUCCCUUCUGGGGAUACCAUGAAUGGUUCCAUUUGUUGGUCACCAUUGCAAUUGGAUUCAAUGCUAGAGGGAUCUUUACAUUGAGUUCCUACACGGAUGAAAUCUGCAGCGCAGCAGGAAGCGCAGUCGCUGAAGCUUUGAUGUCUUCCCACGCUGAUGAAAUCAGGAUUGCAGGAAGCACGAUCGCUGAAUCCGUGGUGCGGUCGGGUCUGUUUGAUGAUCUGUCUUGGUUGGUUAUUCAAUGA